UGUGGUCUCGCCUCCUCCUCAGCUCCUCAGAGGAGUGCGUUGUGUGCUGGCUGGUGCUGAUGCUGCUAAGACGCACGGCCUUUCACAUCAGACAGGCAUGCUUCGUCACAGAGGCCUAAACCGUCAGGUCACUGAAGGGGGACGAGCCACACUAAGCCCAGUGACACCAGCCAGAGAUGUGUCCUGCUUUUCAUGGUACCGGGAAGAAUAGUACGAUACUGUGCCCACAACAAGGCGAGGAUGGCAAAGAGAGAUUACUUGGUGGAGGCAGCCAAGCAGAUCCACAUGGCUCUGGACAGCGAGGUCAACGAGGACUACGAGGCUGCUUUCAGUUAUUAUAAGAAUGGCGUGGACUUACUGCUGAAUGGGGUCCAGUUGGACCCAAACAAGGAGCGCCGGGAGGCUGUGAAGAGGAAAACAACCCAGUAUUUGAAGAGAGCCGAAGAAAUCUUCAUAACAUAUCUGCAGCACAACCUGGGGAAGGGCAGCUCGCAUUUGGGGGGCUACAGCAGUUUGAGAUUUCGUCCAGUCAGACACUUGAGUUCCCCUGUGGAAGAUUUGGAGAUGUGUAAGGUGGUGGGCGUCAGUGAUAAGGUCCUAGUUGUACAAAGUAUGGUGAACAAAGAAACUUUCAUCGUAAAGAGUCUGAUGAAGUCCAGCUGGGAGAGCAGAGAACAGCCAACCAUCAUCCCUCAAGGGGUUCCCUACAUGGUGAAGCUGCUCAGGUAUUACGUCAGUGAGGACGCCGUUUACCUCCAUCUUGAACACGUCAAAGGUGGGAGGCUCUUCUCCAAACUGCACACGCUAAGGAAGGAGAGAGCCAAGGAACACCCAGAAUGCAUCUCGUCUGGUCAGAACAACAUCAAGAUGAAGAGCAGCUACACCUCACCUGCAAUCUGCACCGACUACCAGCGCAACAUCGGCAUGGAAAGCACUCCUCAGAAGCUCAGUGAUGAGACUCCGGAUGUGGACGACCCAAGGAUCUGGGAUUGGACGCAGCAGCGUCUGGAGAGCUGUGGCACACACGCCUACAUCGAGGAGACGGGCUGCCUGCAGAACUCACGCUCCGCAGCAUCAUUUCACACCAAGCUGAAGCAUGUGACUCUGCUUUCUGGACCAGGGAGAACACAGGUUGGCGCGAGCAUCCAUCCGCCAGCUCCUACUUUGUGCUUGCACACAUCUCAAGCUCAGGACAAGCCUGCUCUGCCUCUGUCAUGCGCUCGUGUCAGCCAAGCUCUGAAUGCCAUGUCAGGACUCCAGGACAAUAAAGCUGGAGUUGGACUAUUAGAGUGCAGCUUGGAGUUUGAAGUGGCUUGGAAAGCUGCUGAUCCAGCACUUAGAGGUGAGCAAGCAAACCCCUAUGCAGUCACAGACAGCAGCUUGAAGAGCAAACCCCAUUCAAACCACACUUCAUCUACAAAAGCAGAACCUCCAAACAGUAGAAGUCAUCUGUUGAGCUCGUCUCCCGCCAUUUUGCAUCUCCCUCUCCACUGUCAAACACAAAUCCACGGAAUCACCACCACCUCUCACCAAGCAUCCAUUUUAAGUGCAGCAGACGAGGUGACACACUUGGAGGCAAAGCAGGCCAGCAGCAGUCCCACCUCAGAGGAAAGAAAUGGAGUGGUGGUCCUCAGGAGCACAGACCAAGCAGUGUUCUCAGACCACAGGGAAGCAAGGACCACCUCAGGGAGCUCCUGGCUUUUCUCUGCGAGGAAACCAGACACAGAGAUGAAGCCCAGCGGGGAAACGGGAGCAGUUGAUGUGAGAGAAGGUAUAGAGGAAGCCUGUGAGAUGUUCAGCCCAGGACAGGUGGUCCCACCAUCAGAGGGGUCCUUUUCUAGCUGGUACUCCCCUCGCCCCGUUGGAGCUCAAAAGAGGACAGGGGAAUCAUCAAUGAGGACGGAAGGGCAAGCAGAUGACCAGAUCAUUGAGGUGGAUGGAUGGUGCCACAUACCUCGUAUCCCGGUCAAAUCUUCAGAUAAAUCCGCCCACCGGGCCUGCUGGGGGCUCCCCGAAUCAGAGGUGUGUGUGUGGGGGGCUCAGAUCCUUCUGGCCCUGGAGAGUCUUCAUCAGCAGGGCAUCAUAUGUCGUGACCUCAACCCCAGGAACGUGCUGCUCACCAGCAAUGGCAAGGUGUCUUUGACAUUUUUUGGACAGUGGAGUGAGGUUCAGUCAGAGAUAAACACCAAUACCAUGGAACAAAUGUACUGUGCUCCAGAAAUCGGUGGCGUAUCCAGAGUCACUGAAGCUUGUGAUUGGUGGAGUCUGGGAGCUUUGCUGUUUGAACUUCUCACAGGAAUGCCCCUGUGGCAGCUCCACCCAGCAGGAAUUAACUCCCACACACAGCUGCUCAUCCCAGACCACCUGAGCACUGCAGCUGCAUCCCUGCUGACCGAGUUACUUCAGUUUGAUGCCGGCUAUCGCCUGGGGUCUGGAGGUGGAGGUGUGAGUGAUAUAAAGUGUCACCCGUUCUUCAGUAGUGUCUCCUGGAAAGCUCUGAGCUGCUAGCUCAUCCUGCUUCACCGAGGCCUCCAUGAAGAACAGCAUCCUCACUUUUCCACAUUGAGUGCAGCACCAGAGCUUGUCUUUGGCAUCGUUUGCUUCCCAAAGAAAAUGAUAUCACAGUAACCAAUGAUGGACCAAUCAAGUCCCACCAACAACAUAAACCUAACAAAGAUAGACUUUAACAUAUCAGAAUAUUCCAGACUUUUUGAUAGUUACUUUUGUAUAUCUAUGCUGAUUUGCUAUGCUUGGAUUAUUUCACUAAAUCAAAUCAACUAAGAUGGGACAUUAAUGUAACACUAUGCACAAAUAUGAGUACAGUAGUUUCCAUGCAUACAGUAUGUAAAACUAACAUUUCCAGCAAUUAAACUGCAAUUUGCCAUUGAAUGUUUUUGCAUUGUUUCACUGAUGAAACAGGUAAAGACACAACACCCAUAUCCAGUAAUGUAGAUUUUAUUGUUUAAAAUGUUUUUUCUUAAAUAGCAUAACAUAAAGAGAAUUUUCCCACAUUGUUGUGAAAGAGAUGGCCUCAAUUCUCAUCAAGAGUUCUUAGCUUUGGACAUAUGUUUCUUGGUUUCAAUGCAUCCUUAUUGUUCUCUCACCCAAAAUUAAGAAGUGACACCAUGGAGUUUAAUUUAGAAUUGACAUCCCACAGUAAACUGUACAUUUUGUUUGUAGAAAACUACAUAUGGUGCACAUUUGCUUGAAUAUACUAUUUGAUCUAAAUACCAGAACACGGGAAAGCCUCAGGCAGUACCAAACCCUUUUACCACGGCCAACCUUAUAUUGCACAACCCAAC